CUACUGAGAGCAACCAUCAACCACACACCUGUGCCUUCACUGGGCAACAAGGCGCCUGUAGUGCUGUUCUGUGCGCUACCAUUGCCAACCCCGCUCGAGUUCUGCUCCGGCUUGGAGCAGCGGGAGCGCAACAAAAACGACCAACGAGGUGCGCAAAAGGCCAACUUUAGUGUGGGAGACUACGUGCUGUGGUCUCGGGUUGACCAAAAAGCACCAGGA